AUGUCUAAGCGUGUGACGAUUUUCGAUCCCCCUGCGCAGGAUCAUUCUAAAGCGCUGAUCGAAAAUGUGCUCGAUCUAACUCCGGUGAUAGACCUCGGUCCCGACGUCUUCACAAACACACGCCCGCUAUGGCAUCCCCCCGGAGCUCGAGGCAUUUACGGCGGUGCCGCGAUCGCGCAGUCUCUAUCAGCCGCCAUGCGAACCGUCCCCGCCGAUUACGCCGUCCACAGCAUGCACUGCUACUUCGUGCUAGCCGGUGACUCCGAAAUCCCGAUCCUAUACCACGUGGAGCGAGUCCGUGAUGGAAGGAGCUUCGUGACUCGAACCGUGCAGGCGCGGCAACGGGGUCGCCCGAUUUUCACCACCACACUGAGCUUCAGCCGUGUAGGCAGUGGCGGCCAAAAGACCAUCCACCACCAGGCAACCAAGCCGGAUGUGAACCUACCAGAAGAAGCCGAGCCAGGCAGUCUCAAGGCUCUCAGUAACGCGGGCAGUGGCCCCUUUGAGUCAAGGAAGGCAGGCAUUGUGAACCGUACCUCCGCAAACCCCGAAGAGAAGAAAGUCCGACGAUACAUCCGCGCCCGCGGCCACAUCUCCGAGGAAGGCGGCUACCAAGCCCAUCUAUCAGCCCUCGCCUACGUGACCGACAGCUUCUUCAUUGGCUCCGUUGCAAUUGUCCACGAUAUUCCCCGAUUCUCGUCUCCAGCCGAACUAGAGAAGCUAUUGAGCGCCCUCAAGAACCCAUCUGACCUCGACGACGAAGAUAUCACGCGGGCCCUGAAGGAGUUGAAAGAAGAGGAGGCCGCAGACCUCCGCCGCCGCAUCGAAGGGGCUUUAGAUAAGGCGACUGGCGCAAAGGAUGCUGAACAUAAGGAGGUUGGCAUGAUGGUCAGCCUUGACCAUUCGAUUUACUUCCAUAACCCACUUGCGUUCCGCGCUGAUGAGUGGAUGUUGACCGAGAUGGAGAGUCCUUGGGCUGGCGAGGGCCGUGGCUUGGCUAUUCAGAAGAUUUGGUCCAAGGACGGUGUUCUCAUUGCUACUUGCACACAAGAGGGUGUCGUGCGCUUAAAGCAAGAUAAACCACCAUUGGCGAAGAUCUAG